CUCUCUCUCUCUCUCUCUCUCUCGCCUAAAGCAUAAAGCCGACCUUCCCUCCACCGCCGAACCAAGAACGACCCCAAAACCUCUCUCGAUUCACUGGGACGGCGCUCUCGUCGCCUCCCUCUGUGCACGGGAUUUGGCGAGUAACAAUGGAUGGGAACACCAGCGGAGGCGGACAUUCUGAAGCAUUAAAGAACUACAAUCUGGGCAGAACAUUAGGUAUUGCCUCAUUUGGAAAAGUGAAGCUUGCAGAGCAUAAGCUUACAGGACACAAAGUUGCUAUACAAAUUCUGAACCGUCGCCAAAUGGAAAUUAUGCAAAUGGAAGAGAAAGCAAAUAGAGAAAUUAAGAUAUUGAGGUUGUUCAGUGACUUCAUUCACCCUCAUAUCAUCCGGGUUUAUGAGGUCAUUGACACACCUAAGGAUAUAUUUGUUGUCAUGGAAUAUUGCAACAAUGGUGAGCUAUUGGACUAUAUAAUUGAGAAAGGGCGGUUACAGGAAGAUGAGGCUCGUCGAAUGUUUCAGCAGAUUAUAUCAGGUGUUGAAUACUGCCACAGAAACAUGGUUGUUCAUUGUGAUCUAAAGCCAGAAAACAUGUUACUUGAUUCCACAUAUAAUGUUAAACUUGUUGACUUUGGGUUAAGUAAUGUUAUGCAUGAUGGCCAUUUUUUGAAUACAAGCUGCGGGAGUACAAACUAUGCUGCACCAGAGGUUAUCUCAGGUGAAGUAUAUGUUGGACCUGAGGUUGAUGUUUGGAGCUGUGGGGUGAUACUUUAUGCUCUUCUUUGUGGCUCUGUUCCAUUUGAUGAUGAAUAUACUCCCAGCCUGUUCAAAAAGAUAAAGGGAGGUAACUAUAUCCUUCCAAGUCAUUUAUCUGAUCUUGCAAAGGAUUUGAUCCCAAGAAUGCUUCUUGUCGAUCCCAUGAAGAGAAUCACAAUUCGUGAAAUUCAAGACCACCAAUGGUUUCAGAAUCACCUUCCUCGCUACCUGGCAGUGCCUCCAGCAGACACAACAGAGCAAGUCAAAACGGGCAAGUGGUAUGCCGUGUUCAUCGGUGAGGUUCCAGGGGUUUAUAGUUCAUGGGAAGAAGCCAAUGCACAAGUGGCAUCGUAUAGCAACAACAACUAUAGAGGGUUCAAGAGUUAGGCAGGCAACAGAACAAGCUUACUCCGCCUGGGUGCGAAAGCAUGUAGGCAGCAGUGUCGACAGUGUCAAGGUUGGAGCUGUCAAAGUGGAAGCUGCAAAGGUGGAUCGUCAGUUCGGCCUGAAGCUGGAGAACUUCAUCAUCUUCGCCCAGUUCGUCACCAUUGCUGCGUUGUGGCGUUGGUGUGCUAGGUGUGAUCAUUGUGGGUAAGCUCACUAACUAGGGUACAAGGUAAGCACAACAUGUACGCCGCAUGCAACCAAACGCCGUGUUCAUGUGCCGCUAGGGACAAUGAAGCCAACCAAAUAAAGUGCACUUGCGUAUUACCUAAUGCAGGGACACUAGAUGCAGGCGACCAAACAAGUUGCAUAUGGCAUAUUAAGGCCUGUUUUUUCUCAACCAGGCUGGGUUGAGAAGUGUA